CCCCAGUGGUCGUUCAAGCAGAGGCCCGACCCCAUCGCGAAGUUGCUCGUGACCCUCACGAUCUACGGCCUGCCGAACAUGGACUCCCUGGCGAACACGCCGAUGGACAAGAGUGCGUGCUUGGUUUCAUGAAUGCUGGCACUGUGCCUUGGAGUGAGCACGCGGCCAUCGGCAUGAUGUCAGGGCUGCUGCCGUCCACAUCUCUUGCGCUACAACGCGCUCUCGAGGUCGUUGCUCAGGGCGUUGAUCCGCGCCCGAAUUCGCCAGCAGCAUCAUCGUCAGCCUCUGUGACAGCGAGCCCCAUGACGACGGCACACGCAGUGGCCCCAGCCCAUCGUGAUGCGAUUUCUGAACAGCAGAUCAAGAUUGCGGCGCGUACCCUGCACAUCUUGCACCCUGUGAUCUCCGCGGACAGAAGAGAUAUGAUUCUGUGGAUGCUAAACAACCCUGCUUGCCUCCUGGGUGCAGAUGAUGAGCUCCUGGGUGCAGAUGAUGAAUUAUCAUACGAUGCCGAGCUGGGCCUUCUUCCUGACCCUGGUGUUCUUGAACUUCUUGGCGAUGGGCGUAUAUUUCUCGAGCUCCUCGCGGCCGAGGACGCGAUGCUGCGCGACAUGGAGGACGAUGGCGACCCUACCUUCGGCGACCAGGUGAUCGUGGACGCCUCGCUCCAUGAUGGCGCUCGUCUUUUUCAUGCCGAAGAUCCCGCCGGUGCCUCCGCGGAUGUCGAGGGCGCCUGCUCUGACCACGCGCCCUUCGUCCCCGCGGCGCUGGUAGCGGUCGGCGGCGCCGACGGCGCUUCCUCUUCUGCCACCGCCCACGACGCCCUCUUCCCCGACUUCGACCCAGCUGACAACAUCGUCGUCGAGGGCGACGUGCUCAUGCUGGACUACGACGGCGUCGCCAAUCGCGGACGCCGACACCCCCACCCUGAGCGGCCCCGCGUGUCGCGCGGCGGGCGCAAGCGGGGCCUGACUAGAAUGGAUCCUUCACCUCAGGGACACUCGUUCCUCAUCAUCUUCCUCCUCCUUCUCCUCCCCUGAGAUCUGAUGUCGUG